CGAGGUCGUGCGGUGCCGUGUUUUUACGAGCAACACGCGCUAUUUGUUAAAAUGUACUAAGUUGGUUAAAAAAAGAAAUUAAAGCUAUUUUGCAAAAGUGUUGUUACAAUCGUGACACAUUAUGUUAAGUCGUGCGAUAUUUCGUGAGAACAUGUUUCUUUGUGACUUAUAAUAUAUUCUGAUAGUGCUGAUUAUAACGUAUGACAUCUAAGCAAGGACAUUGAGUGAUACUUCUCCGGUUCAAAAUGAUGGCAUCCUCAGGAGCUGCCGCUAGCGCCAGGCUAGCUGUUCAUGCCGGCAACCAAAGCGGGCACACCAGCACAGAUUUCAGCAUGAGUGUGGCUGUGCCGCAACGUUCCCAGCCCUUCGACAUGCAUCCCGUCAACUGCGGAGAUUCCUCUUCCGAUGCUCAAUCACCAGACGUCGCCGUCGCGAAAGCCAGCGACCGUGAAUCUCGAAUCAUAGCCGAAAAGCACAGGAGAAGUCAAUUCAACUCGCAGAUAGCACAGAUGAUGUCUUUACUGUCCGACAUAGUCCACUCGCAGAGAAAAGUCGACAAGACUAGUGUACUGAGACUCGCAGCCAAUAAACUGAGAAAUGAGCACGUCUUUGGCAACACCAUAAAGUGUAGUCAUUUGGAGACCUGGUCUUCGGCCAUACUAAAAAGUUGUGACUUGAUGGGUGGCAUCAUGUUCGCCGUAACUUGUAAAGGACGUAUUUUCAAUGUUUCACCAAAUGUUCAAGAAAAAUUAGGGUACUGCCAUGUGGACCUUCUCGGACAAGAUAUCUACAACUAUAUACAUAAUGAUGACAAAGAAACAUUGAGAAAACACAUAUACCCAGUAGAAUUACAAACAGGUUGUGAUGCUAAACUUUUUGAACAACAUCAUAAUUUUAAUUUACGAAUAAUGCGAGCCGGCGCUAGAUCAGAUCCGCCUCGAUAUGAGAAAUGUCAUGUGGAUGGUGUACUUAGGAAAUCUGAUAAAGCUACAUCAAAUAGUGUUCAAGAUGAACAGACUAUCAGGAGGCAAAGAGUGAGACAUCAUCGCACCUUUUCAUCCAGCGGCAACGACUAUGUCUUUAUUGGUAUAGUGCACGUGUUGUCCAGCAACUUGCCUACUCAACUUCUUCCGCCUACUGCAUAUACCGAAUAUUGGACUAGGCAUUUGAUAGAUGGCAGAAUAGUUCAAUGUGAUCAGAGCAUAUCAUUGGCUGUUGGAUAUAUGACAGAGGAGGUUACGGGGACAUCUGCAUUUGUUUUUAUGCACAAAGAAGAUGUUCGCUGGGUUAUUUGUGUUUUGAGACAGAUGUACGAUCAGAGCAGAGAAUUUGGAGAAUCUUAUUACCGACUCAUGUCACGUUCGGGCCAUUUCAUUUACAUGAGGACUAGAGGUUUUCUAGAAAUAGAUAAAGUUACUAAGAAGGUUCAAAGUUUUGUUUGUGUAAAUAGUGUUAUUGGAGAGGAGCAUGGUAAGAAAAUGAUGGAGGAGAUGAAGAGAAAAUAUUCUGUAAUUGUUGAUACAAGUAACCAGCAAAUAGAUAAGAAGCUUCCUAUAGAUGAGGCGCCCGUUGAACAUCCCAAGAGAUUGGAGCGCAUCGUCAUGCAUCUGUUGGAGCCAGCCACUUCUGAAACAUAUGAGGAAUUAAAGUUAGUAGCCCCGUCAAAAGAAAACAUUAUUUCGGCCAUACAAAAAAGUGAAAAAGUGGUGCAAACAACGGGUGUUCGGUUUGAUAAUCGCAAACGAAAAAAUUCAAGCUCAGAUGAGCAAGAGGAGUAUUUAAAGAAACACAGUGCUUUUUCAGAUUUGUAAAUAGCAUUGCCAUAUGAAAUGCCCAUAUUUUAUUGUGCAAGGACUAAGGACACAAACAUUUUAUGUGCAACACAUUUUUAAAUUUUUGACUUAAAAGUAAUUUUUUCAAAGAUUACUUUCAUUCUAGGUUUAGUACUUUACAAAUAAUGUAGGUACAAGUAUUUGAUAUGUGUGCCAAAAUACAUAUAAUCAGGAUUGUAAAUUUAUUAUAGAAUUUUAGAUUUAUGGACAUCUAAAUAUUAUUCUGGUGUUAUAACUAUCAUAAAUGUUCUAUUUUUGAAAUAACUAUUCUGUGUUUAUACUUUGA